AUGAAAUAUGUAAAAACGCAUCUUUUAUGCUGCUUCAAGAGGAGCAAAGUUGACCGUCCGCUCGCCAACACAGGCCCAGCCAAGAAGCGAGCUUUCCUCCAUCGUGCCAAGCACGGCCCAUGCCAGCGCAUGCCACUUGCUAAGCUGCUUUCCACUUUGGCGGCGCCAUCACGACGCCAUCCCCUCUUUCAGACACGACUGCAAACGAGGCGUUUAUUUGUUUAA